AUGUUCCGUCGAUUGGUAAGCAGGGUGCCCACCUUCACCAGCAACCGAAGGGCGGGUAUUUUCGUCCACAGAGACACCAAAGAAUCAAACGUUGAUAUUCCUUUCGAAUGGACCGAAGAAAAUCUUGUCCGAAUUCAGGCCAUCAAGAACCAGUAUCCCUACGGUCACGAAAACAACGCCGCGAUUAUGCCUGUUCUCGAUUUGGCCCAGCGACAGUAUGGAGGUUGGCUCCCACUUUCGGUUAUGGACGCUGUGGCGGCAACCCUUGAUGUCCCUCCAAUUCGAGUUUAUGAAGUAGCUACUUUUUACACGAUGUACAAACGAGUUCCAGUUGGAAAAUAUCACAUUCAGCUCUGCGGAACCACGCCAUGCAUGAUCGGUGGCUGUGGAGCAAAGAAGAUUAAAGAAGCAAUUUUGGAGGAAGUCGGAAUCGGCCACCACAAUGACGAGCUCACUGAGGAUAAGCUCUUUUCAUACGAAGAAGUGGAAUGCCUCGGCGCCUGUGUCAACGCUCCAAUGGUUCAAAUUAAUGACGACUACUACGAAGACCUGACCCCAGAAGACAUGAAGCAGAUUUUAAGAGAUCUUAGAAAGGAUGGAUUCUCCAGAAAGGGCCCACGAAACGGACGCGUUUCUUCAGAACCACUUGGCGGUGCUACUAGCUUAACUGAACCCCCAACUGGCCCUGGCUUCGGUGUUCGAGACGAUUUGUAA